AUGAGUGGCCUAAAGAUGUUCGACGACUACAAGCCGGAGAGGUGGCCCACCCUCAAGGAGCGCUUGCGCUUAGAUGGCUUCUCAUUUCCCGAAUACCGCAUCAAAUUGUCUCAUCUGAGAAGGAUCCACAGAGCUAUCUGCUAUGGUAGGCUGGAGAAACUGAAGUACCUUCUGCUCACGAGAAGUGACGUCAAUAAGAGAGACAAGAAGGAAAGGACUCCCCUACAUUUGGCCUGUGCCACUGGCCAACCGGACAUGGUAUCUCUCCUGGUGUCCGCAAGAUGUGAGCUUAACGUCUACGACCGUGAAUACAGGACACCUCUGAUCAAGGCUGUACAACUGAGGCAGGAGGUUUGUGCAACUAUUCUGCUGAAAAAUGGUGCCGAUCCAAAUAUUACGGAUUUCUAUGGAAAGACUGCUCUACACUAUGCGGUGUAUAAUGAAGAUACAUCCAUGAUAGAAACACUUCUUUGUUAUGGUGCAGAUAUUGAAGAACGCGGCAAGUGUGGAUAUCAACCACUUUUACUUGCUGUGAGUCGAGCAAAAGUGAACAUGGUGGAAUUUUUAUUAAAGAAAAAUGCAAAUGUAAAUGCAGUUGAUUUUCUUAACAGAUCAGCCCUCAUACUUGCUGUUACUCUUGGAAAAAUAGAUAUAGUCAUUCUUCUUCUGAAGCAGCACAAUAUUGAUGUGUCUUCUCGAGAUGCAUAUGGAAAGACUGCAGAAGAUUAUGCGAUUGAGACUAAAAAUGAAGUCAUUUUCAGACUAAUUUCUGAAUACAAAAGAGAAAAGACAUCUGAAGAGCUUCCUAUAAAUAGCAAUCCAGUGUCUUCUCAGAAACAACCGGCCUUGAAGGCUACAAGUGAAAAGAAAGAUUCUGUUUCGAAUAUAGCCACAGAAACAAAAGAUGGAGAAAAAUCUGGGACAGUGCUUCCUCCUGCUAAAGACUGUUUAAACAGGAGUCCCUGUAGACCGGAUAAUAUUGCACAGCCUGUGACAGAGGAUGAGUUUGAUUUGGAAUCUGAGAUUAUUUCUAAACCAUACAUCCCAAAGAGGAUUAUUUCUCCACAAUCUGCAGAAGAUGUGCUUCCUCCUGCUGAAGAGUGUUUAAACAGGAGUCUCUGUAGGCUGGAUAGUGUUGCACAGCCUGUGACAGAGGAUGAGUUUGCUAUGGAAUCUGAGAUUAUUUCAAAACUAUACAUCCCGAAGAGAAAGAUUAUUUCUCCGAAAUCUAUAGACGAUGUGCUUCCUCCUGUUGAAGAGUGUUUUGACAGGAGUCUCUACAUACCAGAUAUUGUUGCACAGCCUGUGACAAAGAAUGAGUUUGAUUUGGAAUCUGAGGAAGAAAAAUCACUAUCAGCAACUGGAGAAGAAGCAAAUGUGUCUCCUGAGCAAACGCCUUUAUUCACGCAUACCGUGGAAGACAGAGAUCACAUUUCAACUAGAUUCUCAGGAAGCAUGGAUUCACUAACUUCCAGCGAAGGAUCUUCUGAGCGACCUCCUUUAUCCACGCUUACCCCAAAAGAAGCAGAUCCCAGUUCAAAAGUAGCCAUAAGAAGGAAGGAUUCACCACCUCCAGGAAAAGUGUCUUCUGAGAAACAACCAGCCUUGAAGGCUACAAGUGAAAAGAAUGAUUCUGUUUCGAAUAUAGCCACAGAAAUAGAGGAGGGACCAACAUCUGGGACAGUGCCUUCUCGGAAACAACCAGUCUUGAAGGUUACAAGUGACGAGAAAGAUUCUGUUUCAAAUAUAGCCACGGAAAUAAAGGAUGGACAACAAUCUGGGACAGUGUCUUCUCAGAAACCACCGGCCUGGAAGGCUACAAGUGACAAGAAAGAUUCUCUUGUGAAUAUAGCCACAGAAAUAAAUGAUGGACAACAAUCUGGGACAGUGUCUUCUCAGAAACCACCGGCCUGGAAGGCUACAAGUGACAAGAAAGAUUCUCUUGUGAAUAUAGCCACAGAAAUAAAUGAUGGACAACAAUCUGGGACAGUGUCUUCCCAGAAACAACCAGCCUUGAAGGCUACAAGUGAUAAGGAAGAUUCUGUUUCGAAUAUAACCACAGCAGUGAAGGACGGACAGCAAUCUGGAACAGUGUCUUCUCAGAAAAAAAAAGCCUUGAAGGUGACAGGUGACAAGGAAGAUUCUGUUUCGAAUACAGCCACAGAAAUAAAGGAUGAACAACAAUCUGAGACAGUGUCUUGUCAGAAACAACCAGCCUUGAAGGCUACAAGUGACAAGGAAGAUUCUGUUUCAAAUAUAGCCACAGAAAUAAAGGAUGCACAAAUAUCUGGGACAGUGUCUUCUCAGAAACAACCACCCUUGAAGGCUACAAGUGACAAGAAAGAUUCUGUUUCGAAUAUAGUCACAGAAAUAAAGGAUGAACAACAAUCUGGGACAGUGUCUUCUCGGAAACAACCAGUCUUGAAGGUUACAAGUGACGAGAAAGAUUCUGUUUCGAAUACAGCCUCAGAAAUAAAGGAUGGACAAGAAUCUGCUACAGUGUCUUCUCAGAAACCACCAGCCUUGAAGGUUAUAAGUGACGAGAAAGAUUCUGUUUUGAAUAUAGCUACAGGAAUAAAGGAUGGACAAGAAUCUGGGGCAGUGUCUUCUCAGAAACAACCAACCUUGAAGGCUACAAGUGACAAGGAAGAUUCUGUUUCGAAUAUAGCCACAGAAAUAAAGGAUGGACAACAAUCUGGGACAGUGUCUUCUCAGAAACAACCAGCCUUGAAGGCUACAAGUGACAAGGAAGAUUCUGUUUCGAAUCUAACCACAGAAAUAAAGGAUGCACAAAUAUCUGGGACAGUGUCUUCCCAGAAACAACCACCCUUGAAGGCUACAAGUGACAAGAAAGAUUCUAUUUCGAAUAUAGCCACAGAAAUAAAGGAUGGACAAGAAUCUGGGACAGUGUCUUCUCAGAAACAACCAGCCUGGAAGGCUACAAGUGACAAGAAAGAUUCUGUUUCAAAUAUAACGACAGAAAUAAAGGAUGGACAAAUAUCUGGGAGAGUGUCUUCUCAGAAAAAAAAAGCCUUGAAGGCGACAAGUGACAAGGAAGAUUCUGUUUCGAAUACAGCCACAGAAAUAAAGGAUGGACAACAAUCUGGGACAGUGUCUCCUCAGAAACAGUCGGCCUGGAAGGUUAUAUCUAAAAAGAAAGCUCCUGUUUUGAAUAUUGCCACAAGAAUAAUGGCUGGUCGGAAAUCUGGAACAGAGUAUCCUGAGAAUCUGCCCACCUUGAAGGCUACAAUUGAAAAUAAAGAUUCUGUUCUGAAUACAGCCACCAAAAUGAAGGGUGUACAAACAUCCACACCAGAACAAGACUUAGAAAUGGCAUCAGAGGGAGAGCAAAAGAGGCUUGAAGACUAUGAAAAUAACCAGCCACGGGUGAAAAACCAAAUACAUUCUAGGGAUGACCUUGAUGACAUAAUUCAGUCAUCUCAAAUAGCCUCAGAGGGUGACUCGCUUUGCUCCAAUUGUAAGAAAGUUAUAUUACUCGUUGAUGAACAUGAAAUGAAGUGUAAAGAUUGUGUUCGCCUAUCAAAAAUUAAAAAUGCAUUUUGUUUUUGUAAAAGAUCAAUAAAACUUAAAGAUAAUCACUGUGAGCGACUUACAGUAAAAAUUCAAAAAAUGAAAAAUAAGGUUAGUGUACUACGGAAGAGACUAUCUGAAAAAGAAGAAAUAGAAUCGUGCUUACAGCAUGAAAAACUUGAAUACGAACAAGAACUCUGUAGUGUGAGAUUUACCAUACAGCAAGAAAAAGAGAAAAGAAGAAAUGUUGAAGAGUUGCACCAAAAAGUUCGGGAAAAGUUAAGAACAACAGGAGAGCAACAUAGGAUAGAAGUUGAUGAGACAGAACAAGUUAAACUGGCUCUCAAAUCACUGGAGAUGGAAUUGAAGAGUGUAGGAAAGAAUUCAAAUCAGAUUUCUGAUACUGAUAAAAAAGAAGACCUGCUGCAUGAAAACCACUUGAUGGAAGAUGAAAUUGCCACGCUUAGACUGGAAAUAGACACAAUGAAAAACCAAAACCUGGAAAAGAAAUACUUAAAAGACUUUGAAAUUAUGAAAAGAAAGCAUAAAGACCUUCAAAAGACUCUAAAACGGAAUGGGGGAACAUUAGCAAAAACGAUAGCUGAUUAUAGGGUACAGCUUGCUGCUCUGAAAGAUGAGAACGCAACGCUCCGUUCCAAACUGGAGAAGGAAACACAGACCAGGCAGAGACUGGAAACAGAAACGGAAUCAUACCGUUGUAGACUGAAUGCUGCUCUAUCUGAUCAUGAUCAAAGUCACUCAUCAGAAAGAGACCAAGAGCUUGCUUUCCAGGGCACAGUAGAUAAAUGGUGUCAUUUACAGGAAAAUUUGAAUUCUUGUGUUCUGACUCCUUCUCAGCAACUUUCUAAAGCUGAGAGUAAGUUCAGAGUCCUCGAAACUGAGCUCCGUUACACAAGAGAGGCUCUGAAAGAAAAGUCUUUGGUUUUUGAACAUGUACAAAGAGAACUAAACCAAAAACAGUGUCAAAGGAAGGACAUUGAAAAAAUGUACAAAAAUGAAUGUGAUAAAGUGGAAAAAUGCAUAGAAAAGCAGGAAAGAUUUUGUCAACUAAAAAAACAAAAUAUGUUACUUCAACAGCGACUGGAUGAUGCUCGCAACAAAGCUGACAAUCGAGAAAAAGCAAUACUUAAUAUUCAAGCCAGAUGUGAUGCUAGAGUACAAAAGUUUCAAGCUGAGUGCAGAAAGCACCGUCUUUUAUUACAAGAAGACAAUAAGAGGUUGGUCAAUGAAUUGAAUCAUUUGAAAGAAAAAGCACGCCAAAAUGAAAAAGAGAAAGCAGAAAGAGAAGUAGUUCUGAGACAACUUCAGCAGAAACGAAAUGAUGUCUUAAACAAACAAUCAUCAACAAAAGCUUUGCUGGAUGCUUCAUCGCGUCACUGCGUCCCUUUAGAAAAUGAGAUGCAGGAUUCAAGGAAGAAAUUAGACCAGAUAAGAAGUCAAUUUCAAGAAAUACGGGAUCAACUUAUAGCUACUAUAAGAUGUACUAAGAAGACGGAAGGCCAUGCACACAAGCUUCAAGUAGAAAAUGUCAUGAUAAGAAAAACUAUUAAAAAACAGGAUGACCAAAUUGAGCGGCUUGAGAAAAUCCUGCAGCGUUCAAGUUUGGUAAGCCAAUCUCUUAAUUUCUGUCAUACUGAAAAGGAAUUUUAUUUUUCCAGUAGGACGGGUUAAAUAUCCCUUGUCCAAAAUGCUUGGGACCAAAAGUAGAUUUUUUUCAGAUUUUCGAAUAUUUGUGUAUACCUAAUGAAAUACCUUGGGGGUGGUACCUGAGUCUAAACAUGAAAUUCGUUUAUGUUUCAUAUAUAAGUUAUGCACAUAGGCUGAAGGUAAUCCUCUAUGAUGUUCUACAGUAAUUUUUUGCAGGUAACAAAGUUUUUACUGUUUUCACCGCAGCCUGUCACAUGAGGUCAGGUGUGGAAUGCUGCAGUUGUGGCGUCAUGUCCGUGCUCAGAGAGUUUCAGAUUGUAGAGCAUUUUGGAUUUCAGAUUUUUAGAUUAGGGAUGAUCAAUCUACAGGACAGAUGCUCCAUGACUUACAGUGGGUUUACAUGAUAAUGUCCCUUGUUUGACUGAAACAUUAUAAGUAAUAUUUGAUUUAUUUCAGAUGCUGCCUGUGUUCAGGAAGUAGAUGAAGGUAUGUUGCCAAAAUUUAUGAAUUAAAUUCAAAUCAUUGAUUUCUGAAAUAAACGGUAUUCCUCUCAAUUGCUUGGUUAAUAAAUGCUACAUUAAAUAUUUUUUCUUACACAUAUCCAGUGAAAGAUGUGAAAACAUAAACAUUCACAGUGAAGAGUAUACUUAUGCCUUGUUAAUUCGUCAUGUUCCAUAGCUUUAAAAAAAUCGUGAGAAGUCUGUGUAUCCCUUUUUUUCUGGCCCUACACUUUUCUUCUGCCACCCCUAUAGAACUGUCAGCCUGCUCACUGAAACUGUUCUCAGAAAACAAAGGCAUCAUCAACUUCUCAAGGUUUAAGGUAGUGAUUUAAGGCAAACAGACCCCACACUCGUUGAUAAUAAUUAGUUAAGCAAUUACAGGUCACAAGCAGUCACUUGACCAGUGACAUUUUAAAUCUCCAGUCAUUGACUUUGUUAUUGGUUUACUUUUGCCCCUGGGAAAAGUUGAAAAUUCCUUAGCAUGGAAUCAAAACUCCCACAUCAGUGUGGUUCUUGUCAAGUUAUUCAGCCUUAUAUUUCACCACUUACCACACUCUGCCCCUUUGUUCUAGCAUCCAGCCAAACUAGACUACAUGGAGUUCCACAGUGAUCAUCCUCACCUCCAGCUCUUUGCAUUUACUUCUUCCCUCUAUUCUCCAUGUGUUUUCCUUCUCCUUCAGAUAUCAACCUAUGAAUUGCCUCCACCAAAAAGCCUACAAUAUUGACACAAACCUGGGCUAGUAUCCCUUCUGUGUUUUCCAGUAAGUGCUGUCUUAUGCCUGUCAUUGUAUGUAUGACUCUGUAUGGGAAUUGCCUGUUUGUUUUUUCAGAUUAUAGCAUACAGUUGUUGAGGGGUGGACCGUAUCAUCUUUAUCUUAUAAUUCCAGUGCUUGUCCUAGUACCUUAGCACAUGGUUGCUGAAUACACAAAUGAAGAGUGAGAAAUGCAGAAGCUCUGAUACUUAACUGCCAUGAUAAUGAAUUCAGUGUGCAACUAUGGGCAAAUUACAUUUAAUAGUAAUUGCAUAUUGUACUUAUUUUUCAUUCUUAUUAACACUGAUAAACGUUUCAACUCAUACUGACUUUCUCUUAAUAAAAUUGUAUUACUAGACUGUUAACAUAUUUUGCUUCCCAUUAAAUGUGUGACAUGCAAAGAUGUUUAUUAAAUGAAAAUAGUUUUGGAUC